UAACUUUUGGCAGAGAGCAUUCUCUGUAAGAUUCCAUCCAAAAUUGUUGGACAAGUCUCUCUGCUUUCAGUUGUAGGUUUCUGAAUUAAAAGAGGUUUGAGGGUUGUUUGAAAAGAUGAAUGGGGCUGCAUUGGUUGCCAUUAUUGCCACAAUUGGCAAUCUUUUACAAGGUUGGGAUAAUGCUACAAUUGCAGGAGCGGUCGUUUACAUAAAGAAGGAGUUGGAUCUUGGAAGCACCAUCGAAGGUCUCGUCGUUGCCAUGUCACUAAUUGGAGCAACGCUUAUCACAACUUGCUCCGGACCCUUAUCUGAUUCAGUUGGCCGACGGCCGAUGCUAAUACUCUCAUCGGUCUUUUACUUUGCUAGCGGCUUAAUAAUGCUAUGGUCGCCUAAUGUAUAUGUUCUUCUUCUAGCAAGAUUAAUAGAUGGAUUCGGAGUCGGUUUGGCCGUCACUUUGACACCCAUUUAUAUAUCUGAAACCGCUCCUUCGGAAAUAAGAGGAUUGUUGAAUACUCUCCCACAAUUCACGGGCUCGGGCGGAAUGUUUUUCGCAUAUUGCAUGGUCUUUGGAUUGUCGUUAAUGGCUUCCACGAGUUGGAGGUUGAUGUUGGGAGUUCUUUCGAUUCCUUCGCUCGUUUAUUUCGCUUUAACGGUAUUAUAUUUACCCGAAUCUCCUCGGUGGCUCGUGAGCAAAGGAAAAAUGGUGGAGGCAAAACGAGUCUUGCAAAGACUCCGUGGUAGAGAAGAUGUCUCGGGAGAAAUGGCUUUGCUAGUCGAAGGUUUGACGGUUGGGGGCGAAACGUCAAUCGAAGAGUACAUGAUCGGUUUGGAUAACGAUGGCACCGAAGAUCAAGAUCCGAUGGCUCGUAAGGAUGAGAUCAAGUUAUACGGACCCGAAGGGGGUCUUUCAUGGAUCGCCAAACCGGUCACCGGUCAAAGCGCUCUCGGUCUCAUUUCCCGCCAUGGAAGUAUGGUCAACUCGAGCAUUCCGUUAAUGGACCCGCUUGUUACUCUCUUUGGUAGCGUUCAUGAAAAGCAGCCCGAAUCUGGAAGUAUGAGAAGCAUGCUUUUUCCGAAUUUUGGAAGUAUGUUUAGCGCAGCCGGGCCGCCGGUGAAAGACGAUCAAUGGGAUGAGGAGAGUUUGCAGAACGAUGGUGACGGUUAUGGAACAGACGGUGGAGAUUUAUCGGAUGACAAUUUGCAUAGCCCGUUGAUUUCGAGGCAAACGACGAGCGUGGUGGCUCCACAUGGCGGCAGUAGUCUUAUGCAAGGGAAUGCCGGAGAGACUAGCGGCGGCGGCAUGGGGAUAGGCGGAGGGUGGCAGUUGGCGUGGAAGUGGUCGGAAAGAGAAGGGGAGGACGGGAAGAAAGAAGGAGGGUUUAAGAGGAUAUAUUUGCAUCGAGAAGGGUCGGGUCCUGGCGGCUCGCGCCGUGGGUCGAUUGUUUCGAUUCUGGGUAGCUGUGGCGGCAAUGUUUCAAUCGAAGGAGAGUAUGUUCAAGCUUCUGCUUUAGUGAGCCAGCCUGCUCUGUAUUCAAAGGAGCUCAUGAGCCAAUGUCCGGUCGGACCAGCGAUGGUCCACCCGUCGGAAACCGUCUCGAAAACACCAAUGUUGUCAGCGCUUGGUGAUCCGGGAGUUUCUCGUGCGUUGUUGGUCGGGGUUGCAAUCCAAAUGCUUCAACAGUUUUCGGGAAUCAACGGGGUUAUGUACUACACGCCUCAGAUUCUCGAGCAGGCGGGCGUUAGCGUACUUCUAUCGAGCCUUGGCCUUGGUUCCAAUUCCGCUUCUUUUCUUAUUAGCGCCUUUACAACGCUUUUGAUGCUUCCGUGUAUCGCUAUUGCCAUGAGGUUUAUGGAUAUUAGCGGUCGAAGGACUCUGUUGCUUACUACGAUUCCCGUACUAAUUGCAUCUCUCGUGAUCCUCGUCCUCAGCAACAUCGUCAACUUGGGGUCCAUCAUCCAUGCAGUGAUCUCGACGGUAUGUGUGGUCGUCUACUUCUGCUGCUUCGUGAUGGCCUACGGCCCGAUCCCAAACAUUUUGUGCUCCGAAAUCUUCCCAACACGAGUCCGUGGAGUCUGCAUUGCCAUAUGUGCGCUGGUCUUUUGGAUAUGCGACAUCAUCGUGACAUAUACGUUGCCCGUGAUGCUCUCUUCAAUCGGCUUGGCCGGCGUCUUCAGUAUUUACGCGAUUGUGUGCACCGUUUCGUGGGUUUUUGUGUUCUUGAAGGUUCCGGAAACGAAAGGAAUGCCGUUGGAAGUGAUCACGGAGUUUUUUGCCGUCGGAGCAAGACAAACUGUUGCAGCAAAGAACGAGUAACCGAGCCAAACGAACGCGGAACAUCCCACUUGAAAGUAGUGUCCGGGUGCAUGUUUGUAUGUAGUGUGUAUUUGAGUGGAACCGAGCCCGAUCGAGCUUUCUACGCUCGUGGGCUCGAGUUGUGAGAGAGUUGGGUUCAGUUCGUAGCUUGCGAACUCUUCAAAGGAUUGAGAUCGAGUUGGUUAAGGCUCGAGCCUUGGUUCGGGUUGUGUAGACUCGAUUACUAUGGACUUGUAUAGACGUAUAUUAUACGUUUGCUGGUUAUAUGCGAGCGGGCUUAAUAAAAGAUAAAUAACGCUUA